AUGUUUUGUACUGCCUCCCUCAUUGAAGGCAGCGCCUCCCUGAUUGAAGGCAGCGCCUCCCUGAUUGAAGGCAGCGCCUCCCUGAUUGAAGGCAGCGCCUCCCUGAUUGAUGGCAGCGCCUCCCAGAAUGAUGGCAGCGCCUCCCUGAUUGAAGGCAGCGCCUCCCUGAAUGAUAGCAGCGCCUCCCUGAUUGAAGGCAGCGCCUCCCUGAUUGAAGGCAGCGCCUCCCUGAUUGAAGGCAGCGCCUCCCUGAUUGAAGGCAGCGCCUCCCUGAUUGAAGGCAGCGCCUCCCUGAUUGAAGGCAGCGCCUCCCUGAAUGAUGGCAGCGCCUCCCUGAAUGAUGGCAGCGCAUCCCUGAAUGAAGGCAGCGCCUCCCUGAAUGAUGGCAGCGCCUCCCUGAAUGAAGGCAGCGCCUCCCUGAAUGAUGGCAGCGCCUCCCUGAAUGAUGGCAGCGCCUCCCUGAAUGAAGGCAGCGCCUCCCUGAAUGAUGGCAGCGCCUCCCUGAAUGAUGGCAGCGCCUCCCUGAAUGAAGGCAGCGCCUCCCUGAAUGAUGGCAGCGCCUCCCUGAAUGAUGGCAGCGCCUCCCUGAAUGAAGGCAGCGCCUCCCUGAAUGAUGGCAGCGCCUCCCUGAAUGAUGGCAGCGCCUCCCUGAAUGAAGGCAGCGCCUCCCUGAAUGAUGGCAGUGCCUCCCUGAAUGAUGGCAGCGCCUCCCUGAAUGAUGGCAGCGCCUCCCUGAAUGAAGGCAGCGCCUCCCUGAAUGAAGGCAGCGCCUCCCAGAAUGAAGGCAGCGCCUCCCUGAAUGAUGGCAGCGCAUCCCUGAAUGAAGGCAGCGCCUCCCUGAAUGAUGGCAGCGCCUCCCUGAAUGAUGGCAGCGCCUCCCUGAAUGAUAGCAGCGCGUCCCUGAAUGAAGGCAGCGCCUCCGUGAAUGAUGGCAGCGCCUCCCUGAUUGAUGGCAGCGCCUCCCUGAAUGAAGGCAGCGCCUCCCUGAAUGAAGGCAGCGCCUCCCAGAAUGAAGGCAGCGCCUCCCUGAAUGAUGGCAGCGCAUCCCUGACUGAAGGCAGCGCCUCCCUGAAUGAUGGCAGCGCCUCCCUGAAUGAUGGCAGCGCCUCCCUGAAUGAUAGCAGCGCCUCCCUGAAUGAUGGCAGCGCCUCCCUGAAUGAUGGCAGCGCCUCCCUGAAUAAAGGCAGCGCCUCCCUGAAUGAUGGCAGCGCCUCCCUGAAUGAUGGCAGCGCCUCCCUGAAUGAUGGCAGCGCCUCCCUGAAUGAUGGCAGCGCCUCCCUGAAUGAUGGCAGCGCCUCCCUGAAUGAUGGCAGCGCCUCCCUGAAUGAAGGCAGCGCCUCCCUGAAUGAUGGCAGCGCCUCCCUGAAUGAUGGCAGCGCCUCCCUGAAUGAAGGCAGCGCCUCCCUGAAUGAUGGCAGCGCCUCCCUGAAUGAUGGCAGCGCCUCCCUGAAUGAUGGCAGCGCCUCCCUGAAUGAAGGCAGCGCCUCCCUGAAUGAAGGCAGCGCCUCCCAGAAUGAAGGCAGCGCCUCCCUGAAUGAUGGCAGCGCAUCCCUGAAUGAAGGCAGCGCCUCCCUGAAUGAUGGCAGCGCCUCCCUGAAUGAUGGCAGCGCCUCCCUGAAUGAUAGCAGCGCGUCCCUGAAUGAAGGCAGCGCCUCCGUGAAUGAUGGCAGCGCCUCCCUGAAUGAUGGCAGCGCCUCCCUGAAUGAAGGCAGCGCCUCCCUGAAUGAAGGCAGCGCCUCCCAGAAUGAUGGCAGCGCCUCCCUGAAUGAUGGCAGCGCAUCCCUGAAUGAAGGCAGCGCCUCCCUGAAUGAUGGCAGCGCCUCCCUGAAUGAUGGCAGCGCCUUCCUGAAUGAUAGCAGCGCGUCCCUGAAUGAAGGUAGCGCCUCCGUGAAUGAUGGCAGCGCCUCCCUGAAUGAAGGCAGCGCCUCCCUGAAUGAUGGCAACGCCUCCCUGAAUGAUGGCAGCGCCUCCCUGAAUGAUAGCAGCGCGUCCCUGAAUGAAGGCAGCGCCUCCGUGAAUGAUGGCAGUGCCUCCCUGAAUGAAGGCAGCGCCUCCCUGAAUGAUGGCAACGCCUCCCUGAAUGAUGGCAACGCCUCCCUGAAUGAUGGCAGUGCCUCCCUGAAUGAAGGCAGCGCCUCCCUGAAUGAUGGCAGUGCCUCCCUGAAUGAUCGCAGCGCCUCACUGAAUGAUUGCAUAUUGGAUUGGCUCUACCAACUCCGGAAGCGGCGGCCGCCACUCUCCACCAAAUACCAAUAUAUGAAAAAAAUGACGAGUGGCGUAGCCAACUUCGCACGAGAAAGAAAAAGGAAAUUGAGAAAUUUUCAAAAACCUACAACACCUCAGUGGAGUGAAACAACACCAUCAGAGGGAGGUAACUGGAUGAACAAGCAGCAGCACUGCGCUGCAGGUUGA